UCAGCAUUUCACUUGACGAGGAAGAACACGGAAGUAGGAAGCAGUCGUGGUAACUUUGCUCAUCAGCCUUUUUUAUUUGUAAAAUGACAGAAUCUAAAGCACAAAAUAUGAGCUCUGCUCCCCUUGAUGCCUUCAGCAACUUAAGGGUCACUUCUAUAUGGACAUUCCUGCAAACCAUCCAGUGGACUGAGCCAUGGCUAAUGGGUCUCCUCGCGUUCCAUGCAUUUUGUUUUAUCUCCACACUAUUUACCUGCAAAUACUACCGUCUUCAGAUAUGUCUGUUCUUAAUGAUGGUUGGAAUGGUGGCCAGUGCAGAGUAUCUGAAUGAGCUUGCUGCUAUGAACUGGAGCUUGUUCUCCAAGUUCCAGUAUUUCGACUCCAAAGGAAUGUUCAUCUCAUUGGUGUACUCAGUCCCUCUUCUGUUCAAUGCCAUCAUCAUUGUGGGUGUGUGGGUGUAUCGUACCUUCUGCACCAUGACUGAGCUGAAGACCAUGCAACUGAAGAGGAAAGCAGCUCGGCAGCAGAGCCAGAAGAAGACGCAGUAACUCCCCGACAGCCACUGAGGCACUCUCUGGAACCGGCCCUCACAGAAACGACCACUGGCAUGACCCAAGUUUCACAAGCUGGUGUGGUGUCGCCUACACACCAUACAUCUUUUUCCAUGUCAGUCAGUUUGUAUUUUGUUCCCUACAACCAUGGUCUCUUUAAUCAGGACUGAGCAAGUACAAGAUGAUUGUGGAACUGAAUCCUGGCACCACAGUGAAGCCUUGGCAGCCUUGAUAAGAUAUUCAGAGGCCUAUGUUUAGAGAAGGCCUACUUUAUUUAUGUGUCAGAUUUAGGUGAUCUCCAUUGCGUGCAUGUGUGUGUGUGCGUGCGAGAGACCAAAUGAGAGGGUAUGUGUGUGUGGGUGUGUUUUUUGUGGGACAGAGGGUGAGGUUUUUUUUUUUUUUUUGCGUGUGUUCAAAUGCACACUUUUUACUUUGCUCCACUGCUGAAUUUAACCACAUCCACCCUCACGUGUGGUCUGCUCUCAGAACUCAGAUGCAGUAUUAUUAUUGUGUCUUACUGGAAGAGCAGAAUACUAAGCAUGCAUUUACAGAGAUCCAUCAAUAGGGGGCAUACAAAGUCCUAGCUCGGUGCAGUGAGCUCUGUUGGUCUGCUAUAUGGAUUGAUGAAAAAUGUAGCAUAUUGUCACUAUUGGUGGUGGACUGUUUUCAUGAAUAUGCAAAUGAAUUUUUUUUUUUUUUUUUUUUUAUAGAAUGCAUGCCUUUUUUUAUUUAUUUCUUUAAACAGUUGAUACUGGGGGCAUUUGCUUGGAACAUUACUGCAGUUGUUGUAGCAAAUUUAGCAAAAUUCCUGAAUUUGUCUCCAUGGGACUAUGAUAAUAAAUAACUCGGAAAAUCCA